AUGGACCCUUUUGCGUUUAGUAGCCACCAGCCUGCUUUUCCUCGUCUCAUUCCAUCCUCUUCUAUAGCAGCCGUUAUCGAUCAGCCUGAUUAUUCCUCGUCUCAAUCUUCAUCCUCUUCUACAGCAGCCGUUAUUGAUCUAGCAGCCGUUAUCAAUCAGCCUGCUUUUCCUCGUCUCAUUCCAUCCUCUUCUAUAGCAGCCGUUAUCGAUCAGCCUGAUUAUUCCUCGUCUCAAUCUUCAUCCUCUUCUAUAGCAGCCGUUAUUGAUCUAGCAGCCGUCAUCGAUCAGCCUGCUUUUCCUCGUCUCAUUCUCCGCACGGGACUAAACGGAAAGCACGCAACGUGCCAUGGUCCCGGCCGCAAAGGCGGCUUCUAUGCCCUGCCGCGGGUUCUGCUCGGACAUGCGCGGGAAAGAGCAAGAGGCAAUGCAAGCACACGUGGUCUUUCAUUCGUCAUGAAGCUUCAAGCUCCGAGGUUUUUAAAUCACGGUUAUUUCAUGCGUCAUCACCAAGCUCUGUGGUCUUUAGUCACGCUCAUUUACUUGCUGCCAAGCUCUGGGUUUCUUAAGUCGUGGUCCUUAUCAUCCGGUUGGACCUGGUCCUCUCAUUCGUUAUCAAGCUUUGAGGUUUCUGAAUCACGGUCAUUUCAUCCGUUAUCACCAGGCUCUGUGAUCUUCAGUCACGCUCAUUCAUUCGUUACCAAGCUCUGUGGUUUCCAAAUCACGGUCAUUUCAUCCGUUAUCACCAAGCUCUAUGGUCUUCAGUCACGCUCAUUUACUCGCUACCAAACUCUAGGGUUCUUAAGUUGUCGUCCUUCUCAUCCGUUAUUGAGCUUUGAGGUUCUGAAUCACGGUCAUUUCAUUCGUUUCCAAGUUUUCGGGUUCUUAAGUCGUAGUCCUCUCAUUCGUUAUCAAGCUUUAAGGUUUCUGAAUUACAGUCAUUUCAUCCGUUAUCACCAAGCUCUGUGA